UGCAGUGUUGUAGGCACGACGUGCGCUAGGAAUGCUCUGAUCACCUAUUGAGUAUUGGGCAUUUGGGGCAUCGGCCAUACUCCCUAGCUAGCUGUCCUGGUGAUGAUCGCCAGUUUUGUGUGGAGUGUUGGGCGCUGACGGUACUCGUACUUUACGGUAAUGCUAAUGAGUAUGUAUGAGCUCGAUUAGAUGUUCGAUCUAGAUCUACAAGACAACUACAGCGCCAAGGUGGAAGUGUUCUUGAGUGGGGGUGAUGUGGCAACUAGUCCACUUGUACUGUAUCCCUUAAUUUAGGCUUUACGAUGUUUACUCGGCUGGCGGUUUGCACCGCAUAACAGCGAGGACGUGCGAAGUGAUCUCGGUCCCGAUCCGUGUCUCGUGCAUGCAAAGUGAUCUCGCUCCCGUGUUUUGUCUCGUGCAGUCUUGUUGGUGGCGUGAUGGUGCCGUUGCCGUACUUGGUGCAGAAGGAUAGAAUCGACUUGCUCGCUUUCUGCUUUGGCCUUGAACGGUGUGCUCCAAGUACACAGAAGUCAGAAGUAAACUUACUUUCUGACGGUGCACUGCUCUGGUUGUGUUAGCAAGACUGGUUGGAGCUUACCAGCUAGCUUGCACUUAGCAAGUACACGCUGCUGUCUGAACUGUAACGUUGCUACUACAUCCAGCUACCAUAAAUCAACGCCAAAGCUAAAGAACGGUCGGUGCAAUGGCGAAACCAGUGUCAUUACCGGAGGAGCUCCUGUCUCCGUUUGCCUGGGAUAGGUACUUGCAACAGCUUGAAUUCGAUUACUACAAUGUGACAGCAACGCAACAAUGGGCUGUGACCAUGUGGCCGUGGAUCUUUGCUUCGUCGUUCCUCUAUGUGACUCUGUGUUUCCUGGGUGUCCGCUAUAUGAAAGACAGGGAGAGGUUUCGAUUGCGGCGGACACUUGUGUUGUGGAAUGCAGGCCUGGCGGCGUAUAGCGUAUACGCCCUGUCGCGAAUGAUACCAGGAUUUGUUCUAGACGUCAAGGAGGGCCGCUGGUCUCACAUGAUCUGCUCUAGCCAGUAUUUUUAUGACAUUGGCCCGUGGUCUUUUCUGUUCCCCUUGUCCAAGGUGUUUGAGUUUGGUGACACGGUGUUUGUGGUGUUGAAGAAAAAGAAGCUGAUCUUCUUGCACUGGUACCACCACAUCACCGUGCUGUGGUUCUGCUGGUACAGCCUGGUGUAUCCCAUCGGGCCAGGGCGCAUGUUCUCCACCGUCAACCUGUUCGUGCACUCCGUCAUGUACACGUACUACGGCAUAGUGGCGUCCGGGCUGGUGCGGCUGCCGCGCUCCGUCAACAUCUGCGUCACCACGCUCCAGCUUGCGCAGAUGUUCAUCGGCCUGUACGUCAACGUGUACGCGUACUACAAAGUGUACACUGGCGGUGCGUGUGACAUGCACGUCUCGCACUUUGUGCUGUCCACGACCAUGUACCUCAGCUACAUGAUUCUUUUCGCAAACUAUUUCUACAUGACAUACAUCAACAAAAGGCCGGCUGUGCCGGUGUCGAGUGAAAAGAAGAACGGUUUGAGUGAUGCAGCCGACGCUGCAUUGAGCAAUGGAUCUUCUGGGCACGCAGCUAAUGGCCGUAAUGGCAUCAAUGCCAACGGGCACCACGCGACAACCGUACACCAUGUCAAAGCGGAAUAACAAGCCAUUCCAUACGCCAUUACUCUGACUCUACUUGCAGCACGUGUGUGUGUGUGUGUGUGCGUGCGUGUGUGCACGCGUAUGUGUACAUCCAUUCAAAGAGCAAGAAAACACAAGCGCUGUGCUGAAUUCCCCUCCCCCCCCCCCCUCUCUCUCUCUGUUCCAUCUCAGUUGCCAAGAUCGAGCGUACAUGGCCACUGACGCACAACGUGUUGCUGCAACCCUGCGCGCCAUCAAACUAACUACUUGCUGACCUCCUAUACCCCUUCCUAGGCCACACACCAAAUAGUGGGUGUUCUAAUAUUCUCUUCAAGACCCUACCGGCUAUUAUUUCCGCCUCUAUUUUGGCAUACGAUUGUCUGGCAGAUGCUUGGCAAUAUUCCAUUUCUUUUUUUAAUUUCCGGGAAUACUAUCGUUAUUGCGUCAAGUAAUAGCAAAGAAAAUCCGCGAGACUCCAG